UACAGCUAUAAGAUAGUGCCAGAUCUCACUCACUUUGCUGAACAGGUGCAGCCUUUGUUCAUCUGACCAAAACGUUAAAGCUAAACGACCCGUUCUGUUCUGCCCCCUUCAACUCAGAGGUUACCAUUUUAAAAAAUAAAUUUAUUUAACCUUCACAGUGCUUUAUUCUGUUCAAGUUUGAUACUUGGUUGUUGUUGCAAAGAACGAGGUAGUGUGUUUUUUCCAUGAGAGAGAAACACUGCUUCAACCUCUCUCUAUUGCUUUGCUUGUCGUCUUGUCUUGUUGUUCCUGGUCUCAGCUAAAGGCAUUAAAUACUUAAAGGCGUUGCCUCUCUUUCUAGUUGGUGGCAUAUUUGCGGGGACCUUGUUUCCUUCCUCUUAAAUUUCUAAGGGUCUGGUUGUGGCAUCAUCACCAGAGGGAAACAGAACAUCACAUUCACCUAUUCCGCUGUCUCUCUUUUCCUUCUUUGUUGUUCUCAAGUUGAGAAGCUUUGCACCAGACGAGAGUUUAUUUAUUCUCACAAAGGGGUUUCACAAGAAGAGAAUUUUUUGCUUCUUCAAUUGUUGAGAACUUCGGAGCAUACUUGAGGGGCUGUGUGAGGUGCAAGAUUAACAAUGAGAGACGACAAUUCCAAGAAAAGCAAGCUCUCAUGGUCGAAGAGAAUGGUGAGAAAGUUCUUCAAUAUCAAAACCAAAGAGGAAGACUCGUACCAAUCAAAUGGUGCUGCUCAUGGAGGAGGUGACGCAGAAUACAGAAGCAGGAAAAGCUUCUCCGACAGAGAGCCUUGCACAAUCAAAAAGAGCAAAACAGAGAAGUUUAGCAGGAACACAGAGCAGGUCAGGCGAGGCAGAGUUAGUCUUGACCAUCCUCGAAUUGUCGAUGUCCAUAACUACAGCGUUUUUGUUGCUACAUGGAAUGUGGCCGGAAGAUCUCCACCAAGAAAUUUGAGUAUAGAUGAUUGGCUUCAUGCCUCACCACCUGCUGAUAUUUAUGUUCUAGGAUUUCAAGAGGUAGUUCCCUUGAAUGUUGGUAACAUCUUAGGCGCUGAAGACAACGGUCCUGCUAAAAAAUGGCUUGCUCUCAUCGGAAGAACCUUAAACAAUCUUCCUGGUUCUAGUGGAGGUGGUGGGUAUUAUGCACCAUCUCCACUCCCUCAGCCAGUGGUAGAAUCAAAUGUAGAUUUUGAGGGAUCGGCUAGGCAGAGGAAUUCAUCACUCUUCCAUCGUCGAUCGUUCCAAACAACUUCUAGCAGCUGGGGAAUUGACAAUGAUCCUUCGAAUACGCAGCCUCGACUGGAUCGAAGAUUCAGCGUUUGUGAUCGUGUAAUUUUUGGUCAGAGGAAAAGUGACUUCGAUCCCAGCUUCAGAUGGGGUUAUAGGCCCAGUGACUAUUCCAGAGCAAGUGACUACUCCAGACCCAGUGACUACUCAAGAUGGAGUUCAUCUGAUGAUGACAAUGCCCUUGGAGAUUCGCCAAACACCGUCUUAUUUUCACCGUUGUCUCAUGGCGGUCCUGCCUCUACCGAAGAUGGAAAUGCCAUGCCAAGGCGUUCCAGAUACUGCCUUGUUGCAAGUAAGCAAAUGGUAGGAAUAUUUCUUACCAUAUGGGUGAGGAGUGAAUUGAAGGAUCAUGUUCGAAACAUGAAAGUAUCAUGUGUUGGUAGAGGAUUGAUGGGUUAUCUUGGAAAUAAGGGAUCCAUCUCAAUUAGCAUGUCUGUGCAUGAAACAAGCUUUUGCUUCAUUUGUAGCCACUUAACCUCAGGACAGAAAGAGGGUGAUGAACUGAGAAGAAACUCUGAUGUGAUAGAGAUUCUGAAGAAGACAAGGUUUCCCCGUGUUCAUGGUCCUGACAAUGAGAAGUCUCCGGAGACAAUCCUCGAGCAUGAUCGAAUUAUAUGGCUUGGAGACUUGAACUAUCGAAUUGUCCUCUCCUACCGUUCUGCUAAGGCUCUUGUUGAGAUGCAAAACUGGAGAGCACUAUUGGAGAACGACCAGUUGAGAAUAGAACAGAAGAGAGGUCGUGCAUUUGUUGGAUGGAAUGAAGGAAAGAUUUAUUUUCCUCCAACAUACAAGUAUUCAACCAAUUCAGAUAGAUAUGCAGGAGAUGACAUGCACCCAAAGGAGAAAAGGCGAACACCUGCUUGGUGUGAUCGGAUACUGUGGUAUGGAGAAGGUCUCCAUCAAUUAUCCUAUGUCCGUGGAGAAUCAAGGUUUUCAGAUCACAAGCCAGUUUAUGGCAUAUUUUCGGCUGAGGUUGAGGCAAAUCAUGGAAGGUUGAAGAAAAGUGUGAGCUGUUGUUCCAGGAACAGAAUCGAGGUGGAAGAACUCUUGCCAUAUUCCCAUGGAUAUACCGAACUAAGUUUUUUCUGAUACCAGGAGGACUAAAUCUGGGAUUUCAGGACUUGGUCAACAAGCCGGAGUCACCUCACUUUGAAGAAUGUUAUUUAUGGAGAUUGAUAGAAGCAAAACAACCCAUUUCCCGCAUACCGAAAAAGUCAUGCCUUGCCUAACACAUGAUCAGUACAACAAGUUACUCAUCAUCAUCAUCAUCAUCUCGUUAGCAUCUCACGCCAGCUUAAGCACUGUGCAUUAUUUGAUAGCCAAUUAACAAACACACAACUUUUCAAUGUCUCAAAACUCUCUUCUGUGUUCUUGCACAAUCAUUGGGAGGCGGAAAGAGACCAUUUUUUUAUCUGAUUAAUGAUUCUUUAGUUGUUUUUUGGAGAAUGUUCAUGAUGGCUGAAUGAAGUCGAAAAGUGCGUCAACAUAAUCAUUAGCCUGCUAACUUUUUUGUUUCGAGUGCAGAGAAAAUAUGAAUUUUGAUGUAUACUAUACAUUGAUUGCUACAGUGAUGAUGAAAAAGAAAUUGUAAUUACAAAGGAAAAAGAAAGUUGUAGCUAACUAUUGAUAGA